UCUCUUCGCCCCCCGCACCCUCCCUCAGUCCACCCCGUUCACCUCCAUCUUUAUUAAAACAACAACACCUGAAACAGAGACCAAACAUGCCCCCGCGGCAGCAGCCAGGUCCCCGCCUCUCCUCCCGCGGCAGCACCGCAGCAGCAGCGGCAGCAGGCUUCCCCGGUCCGAGGGCGCACAGAGACUGCACCGAGUGAUGCCACUACUGCAGCCAGACAAACAGCCAGCGCUUGUUUUCGACGCCCGCCGGAGGACCCGAGAGACCUCUCUUGGCCCUUGACAGAAGAGAGAGCCCCCUCCCGCCCCCCGCCCCCCAUUCGUCCAGGAUGUCCGACUGCACUGCAAGUCCCGCGGACCGGGUGAUCAAAUCGGUCCCCUUCCCCCUGGCCCACCGGCUGACCAUGAAGGAGGUGUUCGACGCGGAGGGCCGGCCGCGGGUGGAUCUGCUCAAAGCUCACCUCACCAAGGAGGGUCGCCUGGAGGAGGCCGUGGCCCUGCGCAUCAUCGAUGAGGGCGCCGCCAUCCUGCGCCAAGAGCGCACCAUGUUGGACAUCGAGGCGCCAGUCACGGUGUGCGGCGACAUACACGGCCAGUUCUUCGACCUGAUGAAGCUGUUUGAAGUGGGAGGUUCUCCGGCCAACACGCGCUACCUCUUCCUGGGGGACUACGUGGACCGAGGCUAUUUCAGUAUUGAGUGUGUGUUGUACCUGUGGUCGCUGAAGAUCUUGUACCCAAAGACGCUCUUUCUUCUGCGGGGAAACCAUGAAUGUAGACAUCUGACAGAAUACUUCACCUUCAAACAAGAAUGUAAGAUCAAGUACUCGGAGCAGGUGUACGACUCCUGCAUGGAGGCCUUCGAUUGCUUGCCCCUGGCGGCCCUGAUGAACCAGCAGUUCCUGUGUGUGCAUGGGGGGCUUUCACCAGAGAUCCACACGCUGGACGACAUCAAGAAGUUGGACCGAUUCAAAGAGCCUCCAGCGUUCGGGCCCAUGUGUGACCUGUUAUGGGCCGAUCCCCUUGAAGACUUUGGCAACGAGAAGACCCAAGAGUACUUUGGCCACAACACAGUCCGAGGCUGCUCCUACUUCUACAGUUACCCUGCCGUGUGUGAGUUCUUACAGACCAACAACCUGCUGUCCAUCAUCAGAGCGCACGAAGCACAGGAUGCUGGGUACCGCAUGUACAGGAAGAGUCAGACGACAGGGUUCCCCUCCCUCAUCACCAUCUUCUCCGCUCCAAACUACUUGGACGUCUACAACAACAAAGCGGCGGUGCUCAAGUACGAGAACAACGUGAUGAACAUCCGUCAGUUCAACUGCUCCCCUCACCCUUACUGGUUGCCUAACUUCAUGGACGUCUUCACCUGGUCGCUGCCUUUUGUAGGAGAAAAGGUGACCGAGAUGUUGGUGAACGUGUUGAGCAUCUGCUCUGACGACGAACUCAUGAAUGACGGGGACGAGAUCUACGACGCGAGUGCAGCGGCGGCUCGGAAAGAAGUCAUCAAGAACAAGAUCCGCGCCAUCGGGAAGAUGGCCAAGAUGUUCUCGGUCCUACGGGAGGAGAGUGAGAACGUGCUGACCCUGAAGGGACUGACCCCUACAGGCAUGCUGCCAAGUGGAGUUCUCUCUGGGGGUAAACAGACCUUGCAGAGCGCUACCAUUGAGGCCAUAGAAGCCAUCGAGACAGUUAAGGACGCUGAAGCCAUCCGAGGCUUCUCCCCUCAGCACCGGAUCAGCAGCUUCGAGGAGGCCAAAGGUCUGGACCGGAUCAACGAGCGGAUGCCGCCGCGCCGCGAUGCCAUCAACAGCGUGGGCCUGUCCAUGGGCCGCAUGAACAUGGGGGAGCCCAACGGGACCGACAGCAACAGCAAUAUACAGUGAUGGUGGACGUGCGCUGUGUUGGGCCCAGACACGCAGCUGCAGACAGAACCUGGUUCCACAUUUCUAGAUUCCUGUACAUGUACAUAUACAUAUAUAUAUAUAUAUAUAUAUAUAUAUAUAAAGAUAUAUACACACACGGGACAUGCAUCACACACACAUGCAGUCACAGUAUUUUCACACACACACACACACGCACACGGUGAUCUACUCCUUAUCUCGCCCUCAGCUGUAUGUAAAGGCAUGAGCGCAUCGAGACUGGACCGCUCUCAUAUUUAGAGAGCGACAACUUCCUGUAAUCACUCCCGACGCCGAGCAGGAGGAGCUGUGCUUCACUCAGCGCUGGGUUUGACGGUGUCAGCAUGACGUGGCUGUGUUGGUGUUGCAUCAGGUGGGGGGGACUGUGGAUACGCCUGCCUGCCUGCCUGCCUGCCAGCGUGCACACGCUUCAAGGUGUCAGUGUCUAAUCCAAAGUCUGUCACGUGCAUGUGGAGAGGAGGAAGCUUCACUUGGGGGGAAGAUUCACAGCCGGGCGGCUCCACCUGGGCCGAGUCAAACUGGACCAGCGCCCACGCCAUUCUCCCUCCCAGUGUACAUAGACAGGACGGUUUGCUUGCAGGUGUGACGCACACCACACCAGAUGCAGUGUAGCGGAUACUGAUGUGUGACGCAGAGAUUCGGGGGCGUUAAAAUGUGAUGCCACAACUCUUCAUUCUCCUUCGACAUCCCGAUGAGCGGCUUCCAAACUGCAGAAAGUCGAGCGAAAGAAGACGGAGGAAAUGAGCGUCCGACACCAGAGGAAGAAGAAGGUCUUUGUAAAGCAUUUAUAUAAAUGCAUCAGUGCAUGCAGACUUCAGUUCUUUGAUAAUAAUGUGAAGAUUCUAUUUGUGCUCUGUGUUUCACGGCGUAGAAAGUUCACUUCUUGUUUUCCGGCGAAUAUAAAUGAGUGAUUUAUUUUGUACAUAAUGUUGAUUUAUUUUUCUUUGGUAUCCAUCGUGUCUUCUCGUCUUCUUUUGCUUUUUGCGGCAGUCCAGAAUGACUUCUGCUGCUCAGGAGUGUGGGGUGCACGUUCUCGCCCGUGUUCUCCGCUGAUGUACAGGAGUUGUUCUGAUGAGACCAGUAUGAAACGACGAAUGGCCGUACUACUUUAUAUCCAGAGGCACAGGCACCCGGGCGGCCAGAGCAUGAUUGCAUGGUUCCAAAACUGAGACAAGAGUCAAGCCGGCGGUGUUGCUGUCACAAGUGAAAGGACAAAAGUGUUGUACUCGCUCUGAUCAUAACCCUGCAGCAUUCCUCUCGAUAUUUGCUACUGAUGAUGAUUCUAAUUGUUCUGGACACUCUUCAUAUUUAAGCUCUCUGUCUCUCCUGGUUCAUGUUGAGUUGCUCCUUGGUUGAUCUUGUCGUGCUUCUUUGGGAGAGGUGAACCCCCCGGAGACCCUGUGCCACGCUUCUUUCUCUCUAGCCCUCUCUUUCUUUCCCUCUGCUUUGACUCACUAACACUGUACGCAUGCCCCACGGGACGAUCCACUUUUUUACUCUUGAAUAAAAUAUGCAUGAACCUUU